GAUGCAAGUGCUUCGCUUUGUGCAAUAGUUUAUUUGCAAGUGGUGGUAUUUGGUCUAUAAAUUACGGCAACACCACCCUGCAAAUCCUCUUCCACUUCUCCAUCUUCUUUCCCCAGUAAACUUUUGAGUCUGAUGAUCUGUUGCAUGCUCCGUCUUUAAUUCUGAUCCUUUUCAGGUCGUCUCCCCUAGAUCGAUCUAUAUAAGGCUCCGAAUCUCUGUCACUAGAAAACCAUAUCCCUCUAGAUCGAUCACAAGUUUUUUGAUGCAUAAAUAUGUCUUGCUCUUGAUGUUUGGGACUUAUGUCUCCGGUUGUUAGUGAAAUACUCCUUUCUGGGUUUAUGAUAAACUCCACCCUCCGUCGCAGGACCCACUUGGUUCAGUCCUUCUCUGUUGUCUUCCUCUACUGGUUUUACGUUUUUUCAUGAAUUAAACUAGGUCCCCUCUCUACCUAGACCUCAGAACUAGGUCUUCAUAAUAUAGUUUCUAUAUAUUAGAGUUAUUUUCAAAUAAUUAGCAUCUGGAUUCUUUGCUUUUUUAUUACCAAGCAUAAUCCAGAAAGAAAAUUCUUGUUUUUGUUUAGCUUAAUAUAUUUCUGUUGUUCUUAUAAAGAUCUACCAUGGCUUCUUCUAGUACUGGAGCUUCCUUAGGGUCCAGCACGCUCCAGAACUCAGGGUCUGAGGGCGAUCUUCAUCAUGUCCUGGAUGAAAGAAAGCGGAAAAGGAUGAUUUCCAACCGUGAAUCGGCGCGUCGAUCACGGCAGCGGAAACAGAAGCACCUGGACGAUCUGAUGACCCAAGUUGGCCAGCUCGCGAAGGAGAACAAGCAAAUCCUCACAAGCAUGAACAUGACCUCUCAGGUCUACUUGAACAUUGAGGCUGAGAACUCCAUUCUGAGGGCUCAGAUGGCUGAGCUUAAUCAGAGAUUAGGGUCUCUGAAUGAGAUCGUCAAUUAUGUGAACUCAACAAGUAGUGGUCUUUUUGGGACUGGGGACAGUACUCAGACGACCCUGCAUGAUAAUAGCCUCAUGCAGCCAUGGAGCUCUCCCUAUUAUAUGAACCAUCCCAUAAUGGCUUCUUCUGAUAUAUUCAUGUACUGAUCAUCAUCUUGGUCUUCUGAAAUCUUGCUUCUUGGUGGGUGUUGUUACUGUUCUUCUUUGUUCUCCAGUUUGUUCAAUUCUCUGUCGUUCGUAAGUCUAUUGUAAUUUGUAUGGUUCCUAGUUUCUUGUAGAACUCGAUCAAGGCCAAAACACAGAGUGAGAAGAUGUUGAAAGAUCAAUGUAAUUAGCAGAUCAGAGUUGGCAUUUGGGUUCUUAAUUUGUACGCAACUAAUGGAUUAAUUAACUGUGAUAGUAAUCCAUUCAAUUAAUAGUAUUCAGCUUGAGUUUUAUCCAUA